UUCCGCUGCCAUGGUCAAAUCUAUUGUUGCGAGCGCAGUCCUUGCGCUUGCUGCUGCUUCGACAGACCCGUUCCACUGGGGUCCAUGCGCGGGAAACCCCGACCUCCGCACCGAGUGCGGCUACCUCACCGUGCCGCUGGACCAUCUCAAUGAGACCAACGAGGCCACCAUCGACAUUGCCGUUCAGCGCUACCGGUCGGCGGCCGCCAAGCCGCUUGGUACGAUCCUUCUCAACCCGGGUGGCCCCGGCGCGUCGGGCACGGCCCUUGGCUCGCCAGUGGCCAACUAUGUCUCGGGCGGUGCGUACGACGUUUUGGGCUUUGAUCCGCGUGGCGUUGGCAAGUCGCGGCCGAUCCGGUGCGCCAAGGACGGCUUUGCAGCAUAUGUGGGUCAGUAUGAGCUUUUCAGCUCGAGCGGUGUGUUCUAUAAAGCGCUGUCCGACGACCAAAUCGAUCGCUACAGCAGCGUGUACGGCCAAGCUAUGGCGCGCUGCCGCCACUACGACGGCGACUACCUUCAGUACCUCUCGACAGCGUUUGUGGCGCGCGACAUGGACCUCAUGCGCGCGGCGCUGGGCCAAGAUCGCAUGCACUAUUAUGGUUUUUCCUACGGCACGGUGCUCGGCGCGACGUACGUCAAUAUGUUUCCGCACCGCGUCGGCCGCGUCGUCAUCGACUCGGUCGUCGAUGCGACCAAAUACUCUAACACGAGCGCGUCGUUUUGGGCAAAUACGAUCGCCAACAUCGAAGACGUUUUUGAUGGGUUUGCUACCGAGUGCGAAGCCGCGGGGCCGCUUGUUUGUCCGCUAGCUGGCCACGACACGCCGCUCGCGCCGCGUCUACGGUCGUUUAUCCAGAACUUUACGCCCACGGUGGUCCGUGGGGGCUACGACGUCGUUCAGUUCACGUCAACAGAUCUGUACACGCUUCUCUUGCUUCCCAUGUACCAGCCGGCAAUGUGGCCCAAGCUCGCGAUCGACUUGCACCAGCUUAUGGAGGGCACAUACGUGGCGCCACCAGCAAGCGAUGUGUGUCCAUUGCAACUUGAGGCCCGUGAUCUCGGUUUGAACGGGAUUCCGUUCAUGGGCAACGACAUCGAUCCGACGACCAACACGGCGCAGAGCUGGGCCGACGGUCUUCGCGCUGCCCAGAAAAGCUCGCCGAUCUUUGGCGGGCCAUGGCUUGGGACCCUCAUGAUGACCAAGUACUGGACGACGACGCCGAUCGAGCGGUUUGCGGGCCCUUGGAACCAAACGCUUGCCAACAAGAUUUUGAUCCUCAACAACGUCCACGACCCGGUCACGCCGCUCGUUGCUGCGCAGCACAUGCACAGCAUCUUUGGCGCCAACAACUCGGUCUUGGUGGUCCGUGACGGCUACGGUCACAUUGCGUCGACGUCGCAGCCCAGUGCGUGCAUCCACGACAUUGUGACUGCGUACUUCUCCCACGGCAUCCUCCCGACAACAACAUUUUGCAAGGUCGACCGUGGACCGUUUGCAGCACCGUCCGCGCUCUCGGCCGUCGCGCUUGCCGCGCAGGAGAUGUCGACGAUCAUCCACAAGGCGGUACCCGGUCGCAAGCUGCAGCGACUCGAAUAAGCUCAAAAUCUUGUCGUGUGCCUCUUC